AUGAAUCUCGAUAUCAGCAAAAGACUUAAGGGCAAGGCAAAGAUUGAAAAGGAGAAGGAAACAGUCAAACCAACUGUCAUUAACGAUCAUCUCAUUAGAUUAUAAUUGAGAUCAAUAGACAUCAUUGAGGUUGAUAAUCUAUAUGCUUUGGACAGAUUACAAAAGCUUCAACUUGACAACAACAUCAUUUGCAAGAUUUAGAACCUUGAUCACCUCGUCAAUCUGAAAUGGCUUGAUCUAUCUUUCAAUUUGAUUGAAAGAAUCGAGGGUCUUGAUAAGCUCACCAAACUCACUGAUCUAUCUUUGUUCUCGAACUUAAUUACUACUUUGUCAGGUCUCGAAAAUCUUCAUGAGUUGAAUGUGCUCUCUGUUGGCUAGAACCAAAUCAUGGAGUAUCAGGAGGCCAUUAAGUAUCUUUUCAAUCAUAAAAACAAAUUGCAAGUUUUGAAGAUGGCUGACAAUCCAUUCUUUAAGACCAAGGAGUCUGAAUACAGAUAGUUUGCUAUUGCCUUCUUAGGAAACUUGAAGUAUCUUGACUAUGAACUCAUCGACGACGAGACCAGAGAAAAAGCUAUUGAAAAGCAUAAGGAAGAGUUGCAAGAGCAAGAACAAGCCAAGAACACUGAAGCAAAUGAAGAGUUAGAGAAAUAAACAGACCCUGCACUUAAAGAAGCCAGGAUUGAAUGCACCAUCCAAAUGGUACAGAAAAUCAUCUAAGAGGAUGAAGAUUCAAAGAUGCUUGAAGCAUUGUAAAAAUUCUAAGAAAUCUUCCAGCCAUUUGAGCAAAACAUUGAUGAGCACACGACUAAGUAUCAAGCUGAAAUGAAAAUGAGAAAUAAGGAGAAGAUUAACACUCUUAUUUACUGCGAACAAGUUUUAAGAGAAGCUGAGAAAGAGGCAGAAAAGGAAUCAAUUAAGCUGAUUGAAGCAUUCAAGAGCAAGAGAAAGCAUAAAUUCAGACAAGUAGACUAACUUGAAGAUAAAGAUGAGGACGUAGAUCUCGAUGAAUUCGAGUUUGAAUUGCUUGAGGACAUUAGAUCUCUUGAAGAUGAACUCCUUGGAGUAGAGAUGAAAUUGAGUGAAGCCCUUCAAACUUCAACUGGAGAGUUCCAAGAGAAGAUCAAGAAGAUUCUUGAAGAGAUGAAGAGCAAGACUGCCACUUUCAUUAAGGAUGUUCAAGAGGAAAUGGAGCAGUUCAACGCUGCUUUGAGAGUUCAUGCUUAUGCUGAAUUCGAGAGAGUGUCAAGCUUGACUGAGGAUCAAAACUCAGAGUUGCAAGAGCAGAUGACUGAUGGCAUGAUUCUGCUUAUGGAGGACAGAGAUGUGCUCACCUCUCAUUUAGAGGCAUCAAAGGAAAACAUCGAUACAAAGAUCGGUGACAAGGAAAGCGAAAUCAACAGAACUCUGCAAGACGACUGGAGACAGACUGAAACUCGUAUUCUCGAUCAGCAAAGUUCUAGAAACAGAAACAUCAUUGAGGAAAUCAUUAAGACUUGCGAAAACUUCAGAGAAGAAAUCCAAAGAGAAUUCAGAAGACGUAGAGGUGAUGACGAAUGA